UGGGAAAAGAAAAAGGAGAAGGAAGUGGUCCGAAAGGAAACCUGUGACUGAGAGUGAAGACGAAGAUAUCAAGAUAGAAUGCAGACUCACCUUCUGGUGGGUCCCACUCCAAUCAAAAGCUGCCGUCGAUUCUCAUCCGCCAUCUCCGGCGACCUCCUCCCUCCUUCGUUCAGUCUGGUCGGUCGAGACCUCCACCACCACCGUCGAAGGCAACGCGACGGCAGAUCUCGGUACCAGCGCAGCAGUCGUCGGAAGACGACUGUUAUAUCUGCGGCGUCUUCUUCUUCUUCUUGGUCUUCGGCUUCUAACAGGGGCGAGCAGAACCACUACGUCGUUUUGGGAAUCGCUCGCAACGCCACGCAGGCUGACGUCAAGAGAGCUUAUCGCUUGCUCGCUCGAAAGUUUCAUCCUGAUGUAAACAAGGAUUGUAAAGCAGGAGAGCUAUUCAAGAGCAUUCGUUGUUCCUACGAGGUUCUAUCUAAUGAAGCAACAAGGACUCAGUACGACCGAUCACUUAAACAUCAGGAAAAUUCAAGGUUCUCUAGAGUGAAAAGGCACUACUACAGCACCCCUGACUCUGAGGUUGAAGAUGCCAUGAAGUAUUGCUACAACUGGUCCGAGAAAUGACGCGGAUCCAGAUACCAGAGAGCAUAUGGACGCUACUCCACAUAUCCAAACUCGCAUUUCUACAGUGAGCCGCCACACGAAGAAGAAGAAAAAGAAGAAGAGACGGCUCAAGAACAGAGAGACUCUUUCUCCAAAGUUCUCAAAACCGCUUUCCUCUCCAUGUUUCUCCUAUACACGCUCGGAUACCUCGCAUCCCUCACGUUCACCACGUUCGCGGCUCUGCUAGACAAGGAGCUAGACAUGGGUUACAAAUCCGGGUUUAUGAUAGCUUGGAUACUCGGCGGAAAAGGCGGUAUCCUUCUCACCCUCUGCCUGACGUUUGCAAGCUGGCUCUGCGGGAAAGCGAGCAGCAGCGUGGUGGUUGUGAUGGGAGUGGCGAUGUGGGUAGGAUCAAAUUUAGCAAGACAUGCUCCUCUUCCGCAGGGAGCUCUCCUCACGCUCCUCUACAUGUCAAUCAAGCUUCAAGUCGACUCAAGUUGAAUCUUUUUAAUCUGAGUUCACUUGCAUCGGUUUAAUCUCAAAGUUAGAUUGUAAAUAAUUUAGACGCAAUUGUAUAACUUGUCUAUUGCAAUGUCUCUCCUAUGAUACUUAUGA